AUGUUCAUAUCUCCGCGAACAUAUUCCGCAUCGCAGACACCGGAUCAGGGAUUGAGAUUAGCCGGUAGUGAGAAGCAGUUCAAGUUCUAUAAUCUUGAUGGGUGGCGCGCAGACUCUACGCUUCCCAGCCAAGCUUCUAAAAUGCUACUGAUUCACCAGGCUGGCAGUGUCCGUGUAGGUGAGGUAGUCAGAUACACAUUAACAUACACACCUUCGGCGGACAAUAUACUCCCGACCCCGGCCAGGUUACAUGUGAAAAUCAAGAACACCUCUGCACUUCCCUUGCGAGCUGCAUAUCUUCAUGGUCCAUAUACCUUGUAUGCGUCGUGCUAUCCGUCUACGUUCAACCCGAACAUUGGCGUUGUUCAACAAGCACCCGAGACGAUUCCACAGUAUGAACCGUACCUCAAAGCAGGAGGUACGUGGAACGCAACCAUGACUGUUCCUCGGAAUCCUCAACAUGGCCAGCGGACAUCACACGCGGAUGAAGCCGAAACCAGUGGAUGUAUGACGUGGAUUAUUGAGGUAAUAUCACAGGUGGUGUUCUCCAGCACUGCCACAGUCAACUUUGAGCUCCUGGUUGGUCGUGAUGAAAACUCGGUAGAAUCGCUAUCUGCCGGUGGAUCAUACACCGCUGGAUUGCCUAAGCCUGCUCAGAUAAGUGAUCACUGGUCGUCCGAGACAAGAGGCAAGCAAGUGAUUGCUACCAAAGGCGUCUACUCACGAUCGAUCACUUUACUAGUAGACGAUACUGCUAGCCUUUGGGGUACAUCCUGUCUUCCACUGUCUGAACUUAAUGAAGGGGAAACGGGGAUUCCAGCAGGGCAUUGUGACUGUACACAUGAGUCGCAGAACAAAAAGUCUUCAAAGAAAGUCCAUCUUGUUGUAUUGACCCAUGGACUACACAGCAACUUGGGUGCAGACAUGCUUUAUUUAAAGGAAAGCAUCGAGGCCGCAGCCAAGGUAGCGAGGAAUAGAUCGAGAAAUGACAGCAGCGGACGUGGCUCGCACAAACCACGCUCAGAGCAGUCUUCUGCCCCAUACUGUCACUCGGAAGACCACGAUGAUGAGCAGGUCAUAGUAAGGGGCUUUUCUGGAAACGCAACCCGUACGGAACGUGGAAUUCAAUACCUUGGCAAGCGUCUCGCAAAGUAUGUUUUGCUCAUGGUGUGUCCUGAUCAGACAACCAUAUCCCGUAAUGAUACAGGGGAUAAUCACAGGCCGUUUUCAUCAUAUAAAUUUGCAACGAGGGAUUCUACCAAAUCUUAUCGGUCGUGCGAUAUCGCAGGACCACCAAUCAUUACGGGAGGUGCUCACCAGGUUACCAGUAUCAGUUUCAUUGGGCAUUCGCUUGGAGGCCUUGUCCAAACUUACGCCAUCGCAUAUAUUCAAAAGCACUUCCCCCAUUUCUUUGACAAAGUCAGGCCUGUGAAUUUUAUAGCCCUAGCGACCCCAUUCCUUGGGCUCAGCAACGAGAAUCCUGUCUAUGUUCGAUUUGCCUUGGACCUUGGACUUGUCGGUCGGACAGGCCAGGAUUUGGGUCUCAGUUGGACAGCACCCAGAGUUAGGAGUGGCUGGGAAACCAUUAUAGGGGGCAAAGGAAACUCUCUGAAUACGGACGGACAGUCGGAUGCUCGCUCUAAACCCUUGCUAAGGGUCUUACCUUGUGGACCUGCUCAUGAGGCUCUAUCAAAGUUUGAGCAUCGCACAAUUUACUCUAAUGUGGUCAACGACGGCAUAGUCCCUCUGCGAACAUCUUGCUUGCUAUUCCUUGACUGGAAAGGCCUCGACCGAGUUGAAAAGGCUAGGAGAGGUAAUGGCAUUGUCGGCACCAUGGCUGAAUGGGGUUGGGCAGAACUAACAGGGGCUAACUCAAAGUCUCCGAGCGCUCAACCAUCCACGGAGCUCGAAUUGAUAGGAGCCGGUGAUCCAGAUAGCAAGGCGAACGGAGCCUGGCCAAUGGUAAAUGCACCUCCACAGCAAGAUUCUACAGCCUUGUCUGAAAUCUCAACUGGUUCUCAAUCUCCCGAUCUACGUCAGUAUCUUGGUGGUUCCGGCUCCGGUCUUGAUCCUAAACGGGAAGAAGUCUUCCCUCCACCUGUGCCGAUUAGCCCUCUAUCCAGAAUUUUCUCAAUCUUGCGGCCGAAGGAGGCAUCAAAGACAUACCCCGGAAAUAAACAGACCAAAAUUUACAAACGCAGCCAGACUCUUGAUACACUGGGCGAUCUCAUAGAUAGUCACUACCAUGGCGAUGGACUUCAUGCCCCACCACAAACUACAUUCUUCGAAUCCGCUAGUGACCUUCUCAUGCCGCCGCUCCCUCCCUUAGAAUUCAUUGUUGAUCCUACAUCUAGAUCGAGGACCAUCUUCCACGACCGCAUUUAUCAUCCUGACGAUAUCCCACCCUCGAUUCCUCCUAAACGACGAACCUUGACAAUUGGCUCUCUGCAAAAUAAAGCCUCGAAUGCGCGCCCUGUAUCGACAGAAGGUUCCCAUGGAACAUCACACCCUGCUAACGAACCCGAGAGUGGCCUAAAACUAGAAGAGAAAAUUGCCAGGGCAUACCACCGUAAUUUGUCAUGGCGGAAAGUCCUUGUUCGCCUUGAACCCGAUGCUCACAAUAACAUCAUUGUACGGCGGAUGUUCACAAAUGCAUAUGGUUGGCCCGUCGUGCAACACCUUGUCAAUACCCAUUUUGGAGACACGCCAGGAGCCUAG